UGCGGGCCCCUCAUGCACCAAGCCGCAGACCUCUGAAAGACAUGGGGAGAAGAAUGAAACGACUCCUGCCUCCGCCUCCGGACGACUCGGGGACAGCUCAGGGAAGGGACACAAAGCGCCUGGCCCGGCCACCUGUUCCCCCGCCCGGCGCCGGGCCGCCCUCCCGCUCCUCCCACUGCCUGCGGCGGCCACUCACCGGGCCCCGCAGCUCUAGCUCCGAGCGCCCUGAGCCCCGCGGCGGGUCCGGAUCCCGGGGAGCUCCGAGUGGCCUCCGCUCCGUGCGUCGGGCGCAGCUCGGCCCCGCGGGGACACAGCCACCACCUCCUCAGCGCCCUCCUCCUCCGCUGCGCUCGCGGCUCCUCCCGGUCCGCGCUCCCGCCCGGCCGCGCGCACCCCGCACACACCCACUCGCCCGCACCGAGCGCGCGCCCCACCUGUGACUCGGCGCCCGGCUGCCCUCUGCCGCCGGCUUCGAAGAAGCCGGAGGCUUUCCUCCCCCAGAGUGUGAACUCAAGGAUCCGUGUGGGCCAGACGACGUGCUUCGCGUCAGGAAAACCACAAAAAAAUACAGCAGGUUUCAAACAGAAAUCAAUAAAGUCCUGCCCCGGGAGACGCCCACACCCUGAU